GUUACCAAUAUACUGAGGCCGAGGUGGAAGAGAGACUAGUUCCACUCGGUGUUGUUGACUUUGACUUUCCUCCAACAAUAAACUGGGACCCAGAGAUCGUGGGGGUCCCUACCUAAUCCUCCGAGGGGACAGUCCUCGUGAUGCUAAAUUCCUGUGGUUUGGAAGACAGCAGAAUUACUUUCGUAAUCCCGGGGCCGGACAAUCGCCCAUGGAAUCCUCCCAGAGGUUACAUCUGUCUUUAUGAAGCAUACUUCAGGCAGUGCCGACUCUGGUUUUCGAUUCCCUCAUUGUUGAUCGGUUAUAUCCAUCGCCACAAGUUGGCGAUUUCCCAAUUAACUCCUGCGGCGAUCUGCAAUUUUGUCGUCGCCCUUGUUUUUGGCGCUGAGGAAGGUUACAGAGUCAACGUUGAUUUCUUUGAGGAAUUGACGACAUUGAAGGCCAACAAGUCGUCUGGAACUUGGGUCGUCAACAACCGACCUCCAUUCCUCACAGCUGGGAGCAAAGUUAGCAAUUUUAAGAGCUGGGAGAGCUGCUACUUCUACGUCAGGAUCGACCUCCAUUCCUCAGAGCGCCCUCUAUCUGGUCGAAGGAGGAUGUGGAAUGAUGAUCCCGUUCCCCACACUCACAGCCGUCAUUUCCCUGCCGAGUACGAAGAGGUUAAGUCGGCCAUCUUCCGUGCUCAAGACCGAACUUGGAGGGACGUCACGCGAGACCGAGUUGCUCGUAUAAUGGGCAAGCUCGUCCUCAGGGCGCGGACUCUACUGUUCGGGACCCUGCCCGUCACACCAAUUCCAGAGCUGCCCCAAGUAGCCGACGGUUCCAUUGGGGGCGAUUCCAUCCUUGCGGCCUCCGAAGCCGCUGAUGUUGCUCAAGACCGGGCUGAUACCGGUAUAGUUGGAACUGGCGACCAGAUCGCUAACACUAGAGCUAUUACGCCUGUAGUUAUGCGGGUUGAUUACGACUUGACUGCUCCUGAAGUGACCAAGGAUGGUCCUUCUACUGAGAAGGCGGUUGCCGCCGAGAAGAGGACGAAGUCCCAAGAGGACAAAGGGAAAGGUGUCGCUAUCGGUGGUAAGAGGAGUGCCUCUGAUGCCGGCCUAUCUAAGGAAGGUCCUCCCCAAAAGACCUUCAGCUUAACCAGGGACGAUCCUGAUCGCCAUGACAGAUUCUCUUUCCAAUACGUCGGAGGUCAGCACUUGAUAGAGGAUAAAGAAACCGCCUGCCAACUAUGGAGUAGCAUGCUUCUUCCCGGAGCCAAGGCGCUUCCGGAUCCGGACGAGCUGAUAUUUAGUGAAGACUACAAGACGAGGCAAGUUGCGACCCAUCAAGCCGAUCUGGAGAAGGCAGCUGUGACCCAUCAAGCCGAAGUUGCUUUGCUAAAGUGCGAGAUCGCCAAUCUGAAGGGCGAUCUGGUCGCGGUCAUGAAUCAUGAGGAGAAGGAACUGGCCAGGCUGAGGGACGAUCGUCUUACCAAGGUCACUCGUACCACUGAGAAGGCUCAAGCACGCCUUCAUAAGGUGAAGUCCUAUAUGAAGGAGCAGGCGGACGUCGUUCAACCUAAGGUGGACGCUUGGAAUCAGUCCAAAGGUGUUCACGAGACUGUGGCGAUCUUGAUUGACAGGGGAGCGGUCAUCGCAGAGACCGAGCUGAAGAAUCUGGCAAAGGAGACCCAAGCUGCAGAAGAAGAAGUUGAUGCGUUGGAUGUCCUUGAGUUGGCGGAUGCCGACCUCAACAUGUCUCCUGAUCAGCUCGGUUUUGAGCGCGCUUCUCCUUCUGCUCAGAUCAGUCCCGUCCCUGACCAGCACGGUUCCAACUCCGAGCUCGUGAGCCAGAGCGAUGUCCGUGAUGUAGCGGUUGAGGAGAAGGAUGCUGAGGCUUAAAGAGCCUCGUAAUUUGGGCCGAAUUUAAUCAAAUUAUAUUGAGAUA